GGGGUGAGGGAGAAAGAGAGGCGCAGACCGACGUCCGUUAGCAGUUUAGUCGCCGGUCACUCGGCUGAAAACACGGAUCCAUUACAUCUCUAACGGAACCGGACAUUUAAACUAGUUUCAGCGACAUGUUUUUAGCUUAGCUGCGUUCAAACUACAUGUAGCCUACCGGCUGUACCGACACUUCUGCGGGAGGCCGACAGAUAGAUAGGCAGAUAAAUAUAUACAUUUCGGAGGAAGAGGAGGAGAAACCGGAGCGAGGAGGAGGAGAGAACCGAAACAGGAGGAGGACGACGGAGGGGAAGGAGAGGAGGCUGGAGAGAAAAAGGGAGGAUUUUUUGGGGGGGAGUUUGGCGUAGUGUUAUUUGUUGGGCUCCUCUCCUCCAGCCUUUUCCCCUGUCUGGAGAAAAAGCCUAAUGGUUGACUUCAGGAGGCUUUAAAUGAACUUGAUGGGUGUUUUAAACGCCACCGCCAAUGUCUCCUGUACAUGUAACUGCAAGCGCUACACCUCCCUCCAGAGCAUGGAAAUCACCCAGCUGGAGUUCGUCCAGAUCCUGGUGAUCGUGGUGGUGAUGAUGGUGAUGGUGGUGGUCAUCACCUGUCUGCUGAACCACUACCGCCUAUCAGCUCGCUCGCUGCUCUCCAGACACGCCCCCGCCCGCAGGAGACACCUGCCACUGGCCAGCGAGGGGAGUCUGUGGUCUUCUGACGGCACGGGGACAAACAGUGGUCUAAAUGAGCACCAGGUGUACAACCCCCGGCCCCCAGACAGAGGGGCCUCGUCCUACCUGCAGCGGGACCCCCAGCCUCAGCCCCCGCCCCAGCGCUUCCAGCACUCCUUCGCCCCGACGCGCUUCCAGCCGACGUACCCCUACCUGCCGCAGAGCCUCAUCGACCUCCCCCCCACCAUCUGCCUGUCGGACGGGGAGGAGCCCCCCCCGUACCAGGGGCCCUGCACGCUGCAGCUCCGAGACCCCGAGCAGCAGAUGGAGCUGAACCGAGAGUCGGUGAGGGCCCCGCCCAACAGAACCGUGUUCGACUCCCACCCUCUGCACCCGUCACGCUCCUGUCUGCAGGCCAGUCUGCAGGCCCCUCCUCCCAGCAUGCACUCUGGCAUCAGUGUGUUGGAAGCCCAGGAGUCCCGGCAUCAGAAGCAGGCCACUCGAGUGGAAGGAGCCCCCCCGACCUACAGCGAGGUGAUCGGGCACUACUACCACCCGACGUCCCUGCCCCCCAGCCACAGCCAUCGGACUGUUUCCUCCUCACAAGCCCCGCCCCCCACGUUCAUACACGGCCUGCUGCGACCUCCACACCCGCAGCAAGGGAGCGUGGACAACAGGAACGCCAGGAAUACCAAGGAGAAAUCCCAGAAGCCCCAGCAGGUGUGACAGUACCGCUUCCUUAAAAAAUGAAAGAAUUGAUUUUGUCUGCUUGGAAGUGGUCAGUAGCCAAUGAGGAACAACGUGGUAAAAAUCCACUCUGAUGGUAAUUUGUAGUGAGGUCAGUUUCCCCACUUCAUGGAUCUCCUUUAGGUAAGAACACAUGGAAACCACAUCACUCCUGCAGAGCACAGUGGCAGGAGAACAUCUGGCUCUUCCUGUUCCACACUUCCUAUUUCCUGUCUGAGGAGCACUUCAGAUGAUGAUGUCAGAGAAGAAGGGCAGAGGGUGCAAAGGGAAGCCUCCUUCUUCCCUUGACGCCUCCCUCCUCCAUUAGACUGAUCGUACUAGUCUCCAUUCAUUAUAAAUAUUUUCUUGUUUUGUUUGUUCCUAUAGAACCUUUUGUUUGUUUGUCUUUUUCGCGCUUACAAAAAAUCUUUCUAUCCAGGCAAAUGGCGAAAUGUUGCAAUCUUCUUGGUUCUUCCAGGUUUUUGUUUUGAUUUCCUAGUGAUAAUCCCCCCCUCGCUGCUUUGACUCCAUUAUGUUCUUUGUCAAAUGUUAGCAGCAACUCCUGCAUCUGGCUUUAGCUGUAUCACUGGGACACGUUAGCACGUUAGCAUAUUUCCAAGAGUUUAGAUUUAGUUAGCGUUAUCUGAACCUAGCUUAGCCGUCAUAGCACAUCGCUCAAAGUCCCCGAGCUAAACGUUUCUGCCUUAUAUCGACCGAUGCAGGAGUUGUUAUGUUUUCUAAAGAAGGUUUGCACAAAGUUCACGACUGUUCAACACAGAAAAAAGGAAUCCGCAAUAUGAUUGAUAAAGGAGAAAACGGAGAAAAGUAGGGGUAUUUUUCUAAACUUUAUAGAUUCUUAUCGUUAAGAUAUUUAUUUUCUGUUUUACAUGUUGUCUAGUUUUAGAAAAAGGAAACAUCAUGAAUCUGUUGGGGUGCCAACUUUCACAUUUUGCUACAUACAUGUAUUACAUUUUGAGUUUAUAUACGAACACACGUAUGCAAACGGAGAGCGAAGUUAAAAGCACGAAUUGAGAGUUAUUUAUAUAAAUGCUGAAAAGAAUUGCACUAUUUUUUAGUAUGAGCAGAUGGAACGUGUGAGAGAGACUUUUACUUUGAAGGAGCUCUGUCAAGUGAGGCGUAAUAUAAAAAGAGAAAAGGUGGAUUUACCAGAGGGGCGGUGCACAGCAGCAUGUAUCACGGAAACAUAUCAGAUUCUGACUUUGGAUCAACCGACUCGGAUACAUUACCGUACCAUUGAUAUCAAAACAAAUAAAUCCCUCAUUUAUGCAAAUAUCCGAGUCCUGCGAGCCAACCACGAGUCAGCCUUCAACCUGUUGGGCCCAAUCAGAAACUCUGCUUGUAGCUCUCUCUCUUCCUAUUGGCCGAAUCGUUAGCCAAUCCCAAAGCUGGCUUGUCGCUAUCUCGACCAAAACGAGCCACCAGUUUUCUCACGUUAAUCAGACUUUUUCACAAACAAACGUCUGACCUAAUCACGACGCUGUGUUAUGUAACAGGAGAGUAGUUUCAUCCUGCUGUGUUCUCUUAUUUUAUUUUAGGAUUAUUGAGUGAGAAGAGAGAGAUAAUGCAGAUCAAAGUGACACCUAACGUCCUCUUCGUGUUGCGUUACUUAAGGAAGGAAGCCAUGUCGCCCUAGACAAAUGAUACGCUGACUGUGCACUGCUGUGGCCGCACACACACCAACGUUUUCUUUUGAAAUCUGUCUUUUGAACGCACACACACACUCCCCUUCUGGUAAGGUUUUCUCUGUUGCAGGCAUCGCUGAGCACUUUACUGCACCAGGAAAGAGUCAACAAUCUUCUGUCAGCCAGCAGCAGCCGAUCAAAGCUACAGUAGAAACCUUUCAUAUCGUAGGAUAGACUUUAGACCCACACUUGAAAAGAUGCAAAGAGUUGUGCUCCAAGACUUGAAAUCCCUUACAACAAAUGAUAACCCCACUACCUGGACCCAGUGACUUAUUAUCAAUAAAGCCAGACCUGGGUAUCAAAGAGUUUUCAUUCCCAUACAAUGAAGAGUUUCAGUACCAUGACAAACAUAAAAAGAAAUACGUUUGUGUUUUUAUACAAAACUCUUAUUCAAAAAUCUAAUUAGUAAAUUGAUUUGCACCAUAAAAAUAUCAAAGUUUGAUACUCAGUCUGGCUUUUCAAAGUUAUUUGAUGUAUUCUUUUAUUUGACUCCCUUCCUUCCUUGGUGGAUAUUUCCCUCUUGUAGCAUAACUCUUAGUGUGUAACGCAGCAGAAGAUGAGUUGUCUCAUAUUAAACACACUGAAGUGUUGAAAAGUGACACGAGUGUUUACAGCGGCUCUUCUUCUGUCAUCUCUUUAGGAGCGCGGGGCUAAAGGUCAAACUAACGUAGAAGAUUAGGACGUGAAGACAUUUGUAGUUUUUGAGUGUUGAAUUGAGUUUAUUUGAAUUUGUGUUGAUGUGAGGCUUUAGUGUCCAGUCUUUAUGCAACAGCGCCCUCCGCAGGGACCCAACCAAAGCACAGCCAAAACUCCCGAAGCUGACUCAGCGUAAUUUAGUGGAAGAAGAGAGAGUCAGAAGGCCAACAAAGACAUUUUAUAAUCUGAAGCGGUGAAUCUUUUAACACUUAUGACUAUUGUCAUAAGGUCUAUCUGAAGGAUACACUUGUGGGACUCUAAUAACUCUUUCUUAACAACAAUGAACCCUCAUCAAAUUUGAAAAUGUUUUGUCCCUGUUUAAAAAGACAUGGAAGUACAUUUACAAAAAUCCUGAAUUGAACGGUGGAAGUUAACAUUCCUGUUGUUGAACUCAAACUGCUGCAAUACAGAAAAAAGACAGAUAAUCAGAAGUCCUUUCUUCGACUCUCUUCCUCCUUUUGUUCCAGUGUGAUGCACAGUAUAUAUCACAAUGUAAAGAAAUCAAUGUCUUGACCCAAAGCAGCUAAAGGAGUGACGAGUGGAUCAAUCAGAAUAUAAAUCACCUCGUAAUGAGAGUAUAAGCCCCCAAACACAAGUUUAGAUAAUUUAUUAACCCUCCUUCCCUUUCCUUUUAUUUCCUUUCCCUCCAUCAGUAUUAUACUUGUGUUUGGACCAGGUGUUUCCUCUGAAAGGCUUUGGGUCCCUGCAGGGCUGCACCGGGUAUCAAAAGGCUGGACAGGCUCUGAAUAGGGCGUCACAGUAGAAAUAAAUAAUAGAAAUAGUGAUCGUUAUUUAAAAUAAUGUGCCUAAAGGGUGCAUGAGAAGUGAAACCGUGUAGAAUCAGUCUCUCGCUUCAGGGAAACCUGCGCUGGCUGACGAUUCAAAACAAGACAGGAGGAGAGAUGAGGGAAAACAUAAGCCACGCUAUAACUGACUCAUCACGUGCUGCCUACACACACACACACACACACACACACACACACACACACACACACACUCACACUCACACUCACACACACACACACACACACACACACACACACACACACUCACACUCACGCUCACAAAGAGAUGAUAACUAUUGAUUUACUUCCAAUGGGUGAUUUAUUCAUAUACACUGAAAACACUGAAACGUUGUCUUUUAUUAAAUGUAAUGUGUCAACAGAUUUCACAUAAGUGUAUUUCAUUAAAGUCAACGGUUCAGUUUUUUCAGUGUAGAAAUGAUCAUUUAGGGGGUUAAGUAUUCCUUUAAGAGGAGUCGGUUGAGCUUAAUCCACAUUAAAUGUUGUUCAAACACGAAACUAAUCAGGUUUCUGUCUCCUAGAAAUGUGUCAAAUCCAGCAAUAAUCUGUGUGUGUUUAAACUGGGACACAACUCUUUGAUUUAAGCCAGCGUGAAGGCUGAGUGUGUGUGUGUGUGUGUGUGUGUGUGUGUGUGUGUGUGUGUGUGUGUGGGUGUGGGUGUGGGUGUGUGUGUGCGUGGGUGUGGGUGUGUGUGUGUGUGUGCGUGUGCGUGUGCGUGUGUGCCCUGGGAAAGACCUCCAGCUGUCUAGACAAAAACUAAACAAACACACACAGGUGCACCAUCACACACACAUAUCUUUGUUAUUGUGGACCACACAAGAAAACAAUGUAUCCAACACACACACACACACACACACACACACACACACACACACACACACACACACACAGUCCCCCUCCUCCUCUCUGAACGAGCUCUUCCUGUUACCUAGCGAUGCCUGCUAUCCAAUGACAGAGCUCCUCUCCCCCAGCCUUCGCUCCCAUUGGCUGGUUGUUUUUUUGUUGUUUUUUGCUAUGUCGUAAAUGUGCCUGCCUGCGCUGAGACGGGCGAAACGUGAGUGGCUAGUUUGGGCUGUCAAUCAUCCCAGGCCACACCUCCUUACUGUCUCAGAGGAUGCUGAUUGGAUGAUGAUGAUGAGAUUGAGGAUGAUGAAGAUGUUUUUGAUAGAGCGUUGCAAUACACCUACUAUUUGCCUUUUUGAUAAUAUUAGUCAUAUUUUAACGUAGUGUUCUUAAAUGUACGUUUUUUAUUGUUGUUGUUGUUAUUAUUGUUGUUUAUUCACUUGAGAACAAAACAAUUUUUCUUCGAUCCAUUGUCACACCAUUUUUUUCAUUUUGUUUGCGGUGUUAAACUACCUACCACAGGAAAGCUGCAGAGGAUUGAGAGGACGUGUAAAUACAACACUUCUGUUUUCAAAGUGCCAUUUGUAGUUUCAAGAGCAAACCAUUCGUGCACUCAUUUCAUUCAGUCCUGAGGUCAAAAUGCACUCAUUGCAUGUAAACAGGAAGUUCCUGUGCUCUACUUCCUGAAUCAUCAGCUCUCCUCCCCCGGCCAGCGUCUACAUGUGUGCCUUCUGCUGGCCGGGGGGGCGGAGACUCCCCUCUGCAAUGACCCCCUCAAUACUCUGUAAUAAUACUGUUGCCUUUUGACACCGACAGCACCAACAUAUUCAUCAAAUACUUCAAAAAACACGGCCAGGAAGUAUGGAAGUCUAUUCGGGGCAGGAAAAUAUUAAAAAACUAUACUUAGAAAUGUAAACUCUAUUGUUGAUAACUUGGUAACUCUGUAAAUGAACAAUGCUAACAAACAUCUGCUGAAGACGUUUUCUAUAAAAGCUCACAAAGCAGCACAUAGUUGAUGGAUUGUUUUAGAUAAGAAAUACUCAAAAAGAGGAUUUACUAAGGGGGAAUUGUGAUUUUGUCAAAACUACUAGAUUUGCAAUCUUUUUUACUAUGUCAUAAUAUUGACAACAACAAAAGUUGCAUCUUUGAAUUAGUAUCUGAUACAUUUAAGUAUUUCAUUUAUUUUAUUUAUCUUGCAUAAGAUUAGCUUUUUUUCUCUUUUCUUGGCACAAAUGGGCUUCCAUAGCGAUACAAGUUUCUUAUGCUGCGUUCCAGAGAAAGUCGGACCCUUCAAACUGUUGUUAUUUUCCACAUUCUUUCAUGUAAGGUUGAAGUAACUAUGACCUACCAGUGCACAUGUGUAUUGUGUUUCCGACAUGCAAUGGAACGCAACAUAAGAAACAACGUCACAAGUGAAAUACACAGAAAUAAGUCUCCGGCCUCAAACACAUUAAAGACAUUUCCAAAGAAGGAAUCAUCCUAAACCCGACUCUUGGACAAGAGUUACACCUGACUUGAACUUUCUUUCUUUUUUUUGGGUUAAACACUUUGCUUUACAAUUUCCAUUUUCUCCAGUUCCUGUAACUCUUCAAAAGUCUUUGAGUACACAAUAACACACAUACUUGUUUUAAAGAGGAGCGGUGCUGGAGAAAAGAAGGUGUGAAAGAAGCAGUUUUCCUCCUUUGUGUUCUUGCUCAUUCUGCCUCUUUGAAUCAGCGCUGCGCAGCGCCUUUCCUCUCACAAUGUUGAAGAAAAUAUAUGAAAAAACACUCUUUUUUUGUUGCAAUAUGUGUGCAUAUUUAAGCAAAACCUCAAUAUCUUACAGGCAGUGACUAUGUAGAAGUCUUCCACCUGUUGUUCAGUUUGAUCCUGCAAGCAUCUUCAAAAUGUAAUGUGGGACAUGUAGUUCAUUCUGGUUUCAGUGUAGAAAAGGUUCAUCCUUCCUUCCCCUGAAGUGGAAGGAAGGUGGAGUUGAAAUCUGUUCACAGCAUGGCUCACACUCUUAUAUACAGGCCUACUUAUCCUCAAUGGUAAUAACUGCUUACUUGUGUAUUAAAACCUGUUCUUUUAUUUAUAUUGGGUGGUCUACGUGCUGCAAGGUUUGUUAUGUUGUUGUUGUUGUUCUUCUGUUUGUUUCAAACUGAAGACAAUGGUUUAUCGUUGUUGUCACAGAACAUGGUAUGAAUCGGACACAUUUCAGUUAGCCUUCGAUUUAAUGAAUAAAAAGUUUUAUAAAUAUG